UGAUCAGUACUGUGUAUGUGUGUGUACUGUAUGUGCUCGUCAGUCGCCCUCCUGUCCUCUGUGUGUCUGGGUCCCAGGAUUCCCACCUACACUUUCACUCGGUCGUCUCUCCCCGUCUGAAGAGGAGUCGACUUUUUCCCUCCUUUCUCCAGAUAAUCUAGCAGAGUCAGACAAUGAGGAGUGGAGUAGGCCUGUGUUUGCUGGGCCUGCUGGGCCUCUGCAGCUUCAUCCUCAGACAGGUGGCAGCAGAUGUCCAGCCCAGUGUUUCAGUCCCCUGUGAUGACCCGUCAGUAGAGAAGGUCGUCAGCAACGCUGUGCACAAGUUCAAUGAGAGGAUAACCAUUGGACAUCACCUGGCACUCUUUCAGAUUCGAAGAGUCAGCAAGACAGAGAGCGGCUCAGACUUAGUGUAUUCACUGGACUUCACCACCAGGAGGAGUGACUGUGAAGCUGACAGUCCCAAACCUUGGGAAGACUGUGACUAUCUGCCCACUGGACACAAGCAGCCCAUCAGAUGCAACGCCACAGUCCAGGUGUCAGGAGCAGAGAUACAGACUCAGCAGGUGGACUGUUUCUUCGAUGCUCACAUUCAUCCAGAGAAAGCUCCCUGUUUGGGCUGUCCUGUGGAAAUUAGUGUGGAUUCAGAGGAGCUGAAAGUCCCACUCUUUGUGUCCAUCUCAAAGUACAACUCCAUGUCUGACUCCACUCACCUCUUCAGUCUGCACACAAUUGAAUAUGCCUCCAGACAGGUGAUGGGCGGUUUCAGGUUCAAAGUUAAAUUUGACAUAAGGAAGACCAUAUGUGCCAAGGCCGAGAACACAGAACUCAAUGAGCAGUGUGUUCCAAACGAACAGGAUGUGGAGUAUGCCAACUGUAACUCUACAAUAGACACAGCUCCGUGGAGACUGGAGCCCCCGGUGGCUCAGAUACAGUGUCAACCUGGUGCUUUGUCUGCAAAUACCAUCGCCAGGCGUCGUCCUCCUGGCUGGUCACCUCUGAGGAGGGUAGAUCGUCCUUCUGCAGCACAACCAGCCAGCCACCUUCCAGCUGCCCCCACCACGCCUGCCCCCACCCCAAAAGCUUCAGAAGAGAAGAAGAAGAAGAAAGAAGAUUCUUCUGAGGAGGACAUGAAAGCUGCUGAUGACAAAUUGCACUGUCCAUCCAAGCCUUGGAAACCUUUCCACCCGCGCAAUCCCUCUGCGAAUGCUAACGCUGAGGCCGGCACCAAGGCCCCAGCCUUCAGUGACAUCGAUCUGCUGGGUUGAUUUUUCCACAUUUGUACUCAAAUUAAUGUUUUUUGUCCUGUCCAGGAAUUUAUAUGAAACAAUUGUGGGGUCUGUAGUGAGAAACGACCACAGAGCAUUUCAGUGUUCUUCAUUUUCAAAGUGUAAAGUAUAAAUGAUCUGAGACAAAAUAAAAACCUGUGAAGAAUUAAAA